AUGGAUCCAGUUACGCAAAAAUUUAAACAAGAUAUUUUGGCUUUACAAAACAAAAUUGCACAAAUGGAAACUGAAGCGGAAUGGAAGUCUGAAGCCCGAAGUAGAGGGCAAGUAUCCGUGCAAAGUUUCAGAUCCGAAUAUCCCACCGAAAUCGAAACUCUCUGGGUCGAAUUUACGGCCAUAUUUAACGAAAGAAGAAAGAGAGAAAAACGUUCUCCACAAAAUUGUACAAUGUCCUAUCCGAAGAAAUAG